GAGGAGCUCCGAGCGCGCUCUCUCCCGGCAGUGGCUGCGCCUCUCAGCGCUUGUCGGGUCCCCACCCCUUUUAAAUAAGCCGGGCUGGUCGCCGCCCUCACAGACUAGUUGGCUUGGGGGAGGUGGUGGCGGCGGCGGCGCGGCGGCGGGGCCCCAAGCUGGGCCGGCGUACGGGGCCGGCGGAGCCCGACUACGAGUCUGAGAUCUACGAGGCGGCGGCCGGGGACGCGGUGGCAGUAGCGCCAGCGCCUGCUGCCGUGGAGCCCGCCGAGUUGGAUUUCGGAGCGGGUGAGGGCCACCACCUGCAGCACAUCAGCGACCGGGAGAUGCCUGAAGAGUUAGCUUUGGAAUCAAACCCUUCUGACCAUCCAAGGGCAAGCACAAUUUUCCUGAGCAAAUCUCAAACGGAUGUGCGAGAAAAGAGGAAGAGCAACCAUUUAAACCAUGUAUCUCCAGGGCAGCUUACUAAAAAGUAUAGCUCAUGCUCAACAAUAUUUCUAGAUGACAGCACAGUCAGCCAACCUAAUCUUAGAACCACAAUAAAAUGUGUGACCUUAGCAAUAUAUUACCACAUAAAGAACAGAGAUGCAAAUAGAUCCUUGGAUAUUUUUGAUGAGAGAUCACAUCCACUCACACGAGAAAAGGUUCCAGAGGAAUACUUUAAGCAUGAUCCUGAACAUAAAUUUAUUUACAGAUUUGUUCGUACUCUUUUCAGUGCUGCACAGCUAACAGCUGAAUGUGCAAUAGUAACUUUGGUUUACUUAGAAAGGCUUUUAACUUACGCUGAGAUCGACAUUUGUCCCACUAACUGGAAAAGAAUUGUUUUGGGAGCCAUUCUUCUUGCCUCCAAGGUUUGGGACGAUCAGGCUGUAUGGAAUGUGGACUACUGCCAGAUCCUCAAGGACAUUACAGUUGAGGACAUGAAUGAGAUGGAAAGGCAUUUUUUGGAGCUACUUCAGUUUAAUAUUAAUGUUCCCGCCAGUGUUUAUGCCAAAUACUACUUUGACCUUCGCUCCUUAGCAGAUGACAACAACUUGAAUUUUCUAUUUGCUCCUCUUAGCAAAGAAAGAGCACAAAACCUAGAGGCCAUUUCCAGAUUGUGUGAAGACAAAUACAAAGACUUGUGUAGAGCUGCUAUGAGAAGGUCUUUCAGUGCUGAUAACUUCAUUGGUAUUCAGCGUUCUAAUGCCAUCCUCUCUUAAGGGAGAAGGGAGGGGUUGUAACAUCAUGAACCCCUCAAUCUACAAGGACUGGAGAAAUACCACCUCUCCUGCUCAAAAACCAGCAAAGUUAAAAUUUUCAUCUAAAAGACAGACUUCGAAUUCAAGAAACUCGUGGAUCCACCGCAAGGAUGAUGCUCAUAGGAAAGAAUGGGACAUUGUCAACGCAAAACACUCUUGUCCUUUUUAAUGUAAACAGAGUUACAAAAACCACUCCAAAGCAAAAGCUCCAACCCACACACAGAUACCUGCUUACUAUGUAGGCUGAUAGCUGUGAACUGAGGGUUUUUUUUUAAUAGUUUAAAUUUUUAGACUUUAAAGACACUAACUAUAUAACUUUUUUUCCUAUUUUUCUUGCCCCCCUUCCCCCAUAUUGCUGCAUAUUUCUUUAGAAUCAAUGCAGUAUUACCGUGAAAACAUGGGACUCCUAACAACUCAUAAAGCCACUUAGGAACAGACUGUAGCAUUGUUAGGUAUUGAAGGGUUCUUCCUUCCUACUUUAUCAUCGAAGCUGCUAGUCCUUAUUGGCAAUCAGUUUAAACCAAAAAGCUGAAUAACACUUGUCAUUCAAAUUCUUUGCAAGCACUACUUAUUAGCAUAUUAGUAUGUUUAGGAUCAUAAACAGAGAAAGUAUGUUAUCAAUGAUUAUCUACUUCUAUUGGGUCCACGCUGCGUUUCUUGUGAACUAUAAUGGUGCUUCUCAUUUUCUGAUGAUUUUCCUCUUUAUUAAAUACAUGUAUUAAAGGAUAUUUUCAUAAUUCCAACCAACAUGGUGGUCCAGUGGUAACAAGCAGGUAGCGAAAAGAAGGUGUCCUGAAAAAUUUUAGUGCAACUUUAAGCCUUAAUCUAGUGUGCUUGGGCCCUCUGGGGCACUGCUGAAGGAUAAAUGCUUUAAACUUAGAAAACAUCAUUUGAAAGUUUAAUUACAUUUC